UGGUCAAGGUCGUCUUUCUUGCUUUAUUUAGUACGAAGGCGGACAGCCCCAAAACCUUCUCUUCACCAUCCACGCUUGUCUUAUUCACCACGCUCCUUACUCUUUCCUACUCGUUUUCAAACUGCUAUACAUUGUAAUCGAUUCCAUACAUUCCAUAUCUCCUACCCACACUAUUCUGUCGCCGUCCCCAGCAGCCAUGGCGACAAAUCUAACCGCUGCUUCCGACCUCCCUCCCCUCCCAGCCUACACCCUCAGGGAGGCUCCCGACGUGAUAUCAUGGUUCCCCGACUUCUACCUGUCCGCCAUUGCCCCCGUCCUUGCCUACUGGGUGGUAUCCGGCAUUUUCCACUUCAUUGAUGUCUACGACCUCUUCCCCCAGUAUAGAUUGCACACCCCCGCCGAGAUCACCCAGCGCAACCGAGCCACGCGAUUCGAAGUCUUUCGCGAUGUCAUCAUUCAGCAAAUCAUCCAGAUCGCCAUGGCCGUCGUGCUGGGCUACACCGACCCUCCGCAGAUGACCGGCCACGAAGAUUAUGACGUCGCUGUCUGGGCAACCAGAAUUCGUUUAGCCCAGAGAGCCGUCCCCAGUAUCCUUGGUCUUUUGGGAAUCAACGCCGUUACGAUCUCCAAGAACAUGGCCAUGUCGCAUCCACUCUUGGCCGGUGCCCUUGCUGGCGGGUAUUACCCGUCCCUCAGCACCAGUCUUGAUGCGGCUGAUGGUGCCUUGGUUCCUACUUUUGCCGCAUGGGAACUCAUGGUUGCUAAGGCCAUUUAUUAUGCGAUCAUUCCUGGCUUCCAGUUGAUGGUUGCUGUGAGUGCCCUGGAUACCUGGCAAUACUUCCUGCACCGUGGCAUGCACAUGAACAAGUGGUUAUACACCAAGUUUCACUCCAGACACCACAGACUCUACGUUCCUUAUGCAUAUGGAGCAUUGUACAACCACCCUUUUGAAGGUUUUCUCCUUGACACGUUGGGUGCUGGGUUAGCCUAUAAAGUUGCUGGUAUGAGCGUGAAGCAAGGCAUCUUCUUCUUUAUUUGCUCUACAGUAAAGACUGUUGAUGAUCACUGCGGAUAUGCGUUGCCCUGGGAUCCACUCCAGCAUCUCACUGGCAACAAUGCAACAUACCAUGACAUUCAUCACCAAAGCUGGGGCAUCAAAACCAACUUCUCCCAACCCUUCUUCACAUUUUGGGACCGAAUAUUAGGUACAAUUUGGAAGGGCGACACCUCAUUAAAAUACGAACGCUCAAGGAUUAAUGCAGCAAAUAAUCUAGAGGCUGAGGCCAAGAAGAGAUCAGCCAAGGCUCAGUAGGAGCAUAUCGUCUUCCACAAGCGUUCGAUUCGUUGUAUCAUUCUAGGGUCCUUUUCUUUGUUACGUUCUAUCUAUUGGUCAUAAGGGAGCGAUGAGAUCCAGGUUGAAUUAUGUCCAAGAGAAACGCCAACGGCUGGGCGGCUAAAGCAAUAUCAGGCAGGAACCUCGAUGCUGGGUGCCCAGAUUCGCUUCGAUUAGUGGCUUGCCACUCAUGCUACUAGGCCACAUAUACGCUCUUCCUACCCACUUCCUACCGUGUAUUAUCACACCUUGUAUAUCUUCAUGCCGGAUCACUGGGACCAGGCUCCCUUUUUUCGGGACUAUAUCUUGUAAGGAAGUUGGGUGGUGUUGGAUUAUUAAAGGUUGUACUGAUUACGAAAAACUCACCACACCUAUAAAGGUGAAUAAUGAUAAUAAACUACUUGCAGAAAAG